UGAUGUAGCACUAGAUCACGUGAUACAUAAACGCACCUCCCCUGUCCGUGCGUGGGAUAGUGCUGUGGAAAACGCGUGUAUUUUGCAUUGUUCACUCACUUUAACUUGCAGCUAUACGAUUAAAUCAUGUCUCUGGAAGUGGAAUCGGCAGACGUGAUCCGUCUGAUAAUGCAGUACCUGAAGGAGAACAACCUGCACCGCACCCUGGCCACCCUGCAGGAAGAGACCACCGUGUCCCUCAACACGGUGGACAGCAUCGAGAGCUUUGUGGCCGACAUAAACAGUGGGCACUGGGACACAGUCCUGCAAGCCAUCCAAUCCCUCAAGCUCCCGGACAAGACUCUCAUUGAUCUCUAUGAGCAGGUGGUUCUGGAGCUGAUCGAGCUGCGAGAGUUGGGGGCGGCCCGUUCCCUGCUGAGGCAGACCGACCCCAUGAUCAUGCUGAAGCAGACCCAGCCCGAGAGGUACAUCCACCUGGAGAACCUGCUGGCCAGGUCCUAUUUCGACCCGCGAGAGGCCUAUCCAGACGGCAGUAGUAAGGAGAAGCGGAGGGUAGCCAUUGCCCAGGCCCUGGCAGGGGAAGUGAGUGUGGUCCCGCCUUCUCGUCUUAUGGCUCUGCUCGGUCAGUCCCUGAAAUGGCAGCAGCACCAGGGCCUGCUCCCCCCAGGGAUGACCAUCGAUCUGUUCAGGGGCAAAGCCGCUGUGAAAGACGUGGAGGAGGAGCGUUUCCCCACCCAGCUCAGCCGACACAUUAAGUUUGGGCAGAAGUCCCACGUUGAGUGCGCCCGCUUCUCUCCCGACGGCCAGUACCUGGUCACCGGCUCCGUGGAUGGCUUCAUUGAGGUGUGGAAUUUCACCACCGGAAAAAUCCGAAAGGAUCUGAAGUACCAGGCGCAGGAUAACUUCAUGAUGAUGGACGACGCGGUGCUGUGCAUGUGCUUCAGCCGGGACACCGAGAUGCUGGCCACGGGAGCACAGGACGGCAAAAUAAAGGUGUGGAAGAUCCAGAGUGGCCAGUGUCUGCGGAGGUUUGAGCGCGCUCACAGCAAGGGCGUCACCUGCCUCAGCUUCUGCAAGGACAGCAGUCAGCUCCUGAGCGCCUCCUUCGACCAGACCAUCAGGAUCCAUGGGCUGAAAUCAGGAAAGUCUCUGAAGGAGUUUCGGGGUCACUCCUCGUUUGUAAAUGAAGCGGCAUUCACGCCGGAUGGACACUACGUCAUCAGCGCAUCGUCCGAUGGCACUGUCAAGGUCUGGAACGUUAAGACUACAGAGUGCUCCAACACAUUUAAGUCCCUUGGCACCUCAGCCGGCACGGACAUCACCGUCAACAACGUGAUCCUCCUGCCCAAGAACCCUGAACAUUUUGUGGUUUGCAACCGAUCCAACACUGUGGUCAUCAUGAACAUGCAAGGCCAGAUCGUGAGAAGCUUCAGCUCUGGUAAGAGAGAGGGGGGAGACUUUGUGUGCUGCACUCUGUCGCCUCGUGGAGAGUGGAUCUACUGCGUGGGGGAGGACUUUGUGCUCUACUGCUUCAGCACCGUCACCGGCAAACUGGAGAGAACCCUGACGGUCCAUGAGAAGGAUGUGAUCGGCAUCGCCCACCACCCUCACCAGAACCUGAUCAGCACGUACAGCGAGGACGGCCUGCUGAAGCUGUGGAAGCCGUAGAGCUGCAGACUUGCGCUUUCCGUUCUUCUGAGGGGCGGGGCGGGGUGGGUUGGGGGGGGGGGGUUCAGGCAUAAUGCCUUUCUAUCAUCAUUUUUCAUCGUGGGACCAGGGAAUUUGGAUUAUUGGUUUUUCAUUUUUAAGUUUUUAAAGCAAUAUCAGGUCGUAGUUUUUUUUGUCAUAAUAGUGUUUCUGGUAAUGAAAUGCAUGAUUAUUUAUUUUACGACAGGCAACGUGAAGGGCUGUGCAUUGUCUCUUAGUGGCCGUCUUUCAUGAAUAAACUGAUGCAUCACCAAUUCACGUUUGCAUUUUCACCACCCUGUUCAUUGUUACUCUCUCACGUGCGUCUCCGCUGCCUCUACAAAGCAUGGAUGUUAUAUGUUUAUAACCAGUUGGGACGUGCUUGUUAGCCUUCAUGUUUCAUUGUGUCCAGGGUAUUGUUUCCCUUUCGAGGGAGUGCAUGCUCGUGUCUCUGUUUUAGUGUGUGAAGUCUGUGUGCAGAGAAUCCAAGCAUUGAGUCCAUAUGCAGUUAAAAAAAAAACCAACUGGCCAGGUCGCUACAUUUUUUGUUUUUUGUAAUGCAUGGUUAUUUGUGGAGUUGGAUUAGUACAGUACAUACCUCUUCCAGUAUAUACAUUGUUAAGGACCCUUUGUACAUUAGAGUCAAAGACAAAAAUAUUUUUGGACAAGCCUGAUUCUGUUCUAUAAUGUACAUUUUUUUCUUCAAAUUUUGGUCUGUAGAAUCUAAAUGGUAGUGUAUUACCCAGUAUAUAUUUUUAGCUGCUCAAACUUUGUUGAGUUUUCUUGCCUUAAUGUCACUAAUUACCUCCCUUCAUGCAUCCGAGUAUGCACAGUUAUUGUGGUUUGCGUUUCAGGAACCACACAUUUAAGGUUACUACUAAAUGGCCUUGUUUUUUAAUUAAGAGAAAUGGGAUUGUUUUUUGGUCAAAGGCUUGUCAGUGAUGUCAUAGUAAUAACUGGCAGUGUAAUUUAUGACACUUCAUGAUUGCAGUGAACUGAAGCUCUCAUCACUUGUUUAUUAUCACAUUUGCAUGGUUUUCAAUAUCUGGAUGAAUCCAAAACCAUGGUGUUUGGUGAAUGCUCCUAGUUCUGCUGUUGUGACACUUCCUGUGUUUUCAAUCACUGGCACCUCCCAUUGGAACAUCUUGGGAUUGCAUGCAUUCAGAAAGUAUUUAUGCAGACAGGGGGAUGAAGUGUUUGGAUUUUCUUAGCAGCAUUAUUGUUUGAAUAUUCUAGAAUAAGGGCUGAGAGAGUAAAAGGACAUUGACCAACAAGGCAAAGCAAGAAAAAAAACAAUUUUUGAAAGUUAGCAUUUGUGUGUAAGGAAGCUUCCAGAAGAGAUGAAACUGGUAGACUUUUUUUGUGGGCCGCUCUGCCACAGAAUUUUACACUUGAGUGCUUCAAUAAAGGCUUGCUGCAGUUCCAA